UCGCCUGACGGUCAAGCUCUAGUGGUGGCAGCCAUCUUGAAAAAUGAAAAUUUGUAAUGUCUGCAUGUGGUAAUAGGUGGGGGACGUUUGUUAAUGUGUGGUACAUUUCGAUCGUGAAAUCUGUCACAAAUGGGUAAAUAUUUAGAGUUUUACAUAAGUGCUUAACUGACUUAGAUAUUAUAAGUUUUAUUGUUUCUAUCGUAAUACAAACCAUAAAACAUUAGUUGUGGCGAAGGCAUGAGGCGACCGUUCGAUCGCGAGUGAAGAACGGGUCUUGUGUCAACUGUAUCUACAGUUUCGAGAAUUCCCUUCCGUGGCUUCUUUUGUAUUGUAUAUUAUUUUAUAAUUACAUCGUUUUAAAUAUGGAAUAUUGUUUAAAUAAAAACUGUGGUGAUACCAAUAAGCUAAAAUUAAGUGAUUGAAAUAAUGUAUUCUUAGUUCCAAGGAUUAUAAAAUACGCGGGUGAAUUAUUUUAUGAUUUGAUGGUUUGGAGUAUCAUGGACAAACAUACAGAGUCCCGUAAUCCUGAAUGGCUGCCUACUUUCUAGGCGUAAAGGCAGAAACUGUAGCAUUAAAGGGUUGGAGGGUUUGAGGCAGUAAUCCUGGCUGGCCUAUAAUGUACAAUACCAUGCGGAGCACAUUGCAAACUGUUCCAGAAUCUGUGCCCGCUGACCGCGUCACAAAUCCUAAGAACGCAAACUACUUGUUGAUCUUGGUCUGAUUGUCAACGUGGAAAUUUAUUAAAUUAAAAAUAAAAAUAAAAUAAAAGGACUAAAAGAAACUGAUAAUCUAAAGUUGAUAAAAAAAAAAAAAAAAAAAAAAAAAAAAGUUUAAAACCGAGCCAUGGCGGAUCGAGGUGGUCGAAUUGCUGAAUUACGUAGUGUUGAACAUCUUCAGUCAUCUCAAGGUUUACACGGAUCAAAGAAUAGUUAUUUGAUAGUCGGAUCUCAAAAAAAUAAAGAGUUUGAACGAGAGGACGUCAAAAAAUCCGAAUCAUCGACUUUUGACAAUCUCAAGCAAUGGGAAUUGAUAGAAGGUGAUCGAGGUCUCAAAGUUGUUGAAAAACGAUCAGCAUUAGAGUGUUCAUUACCAAAGAAUUUUGAAAAACUUUCAGUACCUUGUUCACCGUCAAUGUCUCAAAAGCGGAAAACUAAUAUGCAAGCAGAACAAAAUUUGUGGAAUGAAGAUAUUGUACAAAAGUUUAAAGCUUUUGAACGAUCUAAUAUUAUCAAAACUUCAUCACCUGCACCACCAGCCAAGCAAAUGAGCAACAAAACCAAUAACGGGGAAACCGUUCAUGAUAGUCCCAUUAAAUUGGAUACGAUUUUGAAGCCGAAAAAUCCACCUGCGGAUCAGAGCAUAGACAUGUUGGAUCAGCUGGAACGACAAGUAAAAGCUAUUGAAUUGGGGACUAUUGCAGCUCGUACAAAAUUGCGCGAUAGUACUGAUUUGCAACCGCAAAUUCAACUUCGUUAUCGUGAACACGAAGAUUUGUUGAACAACGUUACUGACGAUGAAGCUGAUGGGGCAUCGUUGCAACGAGGUGAGGCUAUGAGAAAUUCAACGGGGAAUGCAGCAAUCAAAAGGCCAGCAGUUAAGUUAUCAAGAACAGCAUCAGAUACUAGACGUGGUCAGGAAACAGAAAUGCCUUUGAAAGUCCAGUCGAGAGCCCAGCAGUUAGCGAGGGUAGCUAGACCUGUAGUGAUUAAGAAAAGUGAUUCUCGUCACCGUCCCGAGGUUAGUGGAGCCCUCAAACCGCUCACCGACAUCAUGCAGAAAGCCAUUCAAGUUCAUCAGAAGACUGGAGAUGGCGUGGGAGUAUCGAGCAGCGGGGGGCGGCUUUCUUCAAGAAGCCGGACCUCUGAGGAGCCUCACAUUGGCAAGUAUAAGUUACUAAAAACAAUUGGUAAAGGUAAUUUUGCCAAAGUAAAACUUGCUAAACAUAUACCAACGGGGAAAGAAGUGGCUAUCAAGAUCAUUGACAAAACUCAAUUAAAUCCAGGCAGUCUUCAAAAGCUCUUCCGUGAAGUAAGGAUAAUGAAGAUGCUUGAUCAUCCAAACAUAGUAAAAUUGUUUCAAGUUAUUGAAACAGAAAAAACAUUAUACUUAGUAAUGGAAUAUGCCAGCGGUGGUGAAGUAUUUGAUUACUUGGUAUUACAUGGAAGAAUGAAAGAAAAAGAAGCUAGAGCCAAGUUUAGGCAGAUAGUGUCUGCGGUGCAGUACUGUCAUCAAAAGAAAAUAAUUCAUAGAGAUUUGAAAGCUGAGAAUCUUUUAUUAGACAGUGAAAUGAAUAUUAAAAUAGCUGAUUUUGGGUUCAGUAACGAAUUUACACCAGGAAAUAAAUUAGAUACAUUCUGUGGAUCACCACCCUACGCAGCACCUGAAUUAUUUCAAGGCAAAAAAUAUGAUGGACCUGAAGUGGAUGUAUGGUCAUUAGGAGUAAUUCUCUACACAUUAGUAUCUGGCUCAUUGCCAUUUGAUGGUUCCACAUUACGGGAAUUGAGAGAAAGAGUAUUAAGAGGGAAAUAUCGAAUUCCUUUUUACAUGUCUACUGACUGCGAGAAUUUGCUAAAAAAGUUUUUGGUGCUUAAUCCGACAAAGCGGGCCUCAUUAGAGGUACGUGGUGAUAAGAAUAUAAUGAAGGACAAAUGGAUGAAUAUGGGCUAUGAAGACGAUGAAUUGAAACCGUACUUAGAACCCGAACCCGAUUAUAAAGAUCACAAGAGGAUAGGUGAGUCUGCCAAAGCCCUUGCUAUCAUGGGAUAUUCAAGAACUGAAAUUGAAGACUCGCUGGGACAGGCUAAAUACGAUGAUGUUUUCGCCACUUAUCUUUUACUAGGACGUAAAACUACUGAUCCUGAAAGUGAUGGCUCGCGGUCAGGCAGUUCACUAUCACUGCGUAACAUUCCGCCACAAGCUAGUUCAGGUGCAGGAGGCGGCAGUGGAGGAAGUACUGGUGGUACAGUUCAAAGCCCUUCACAUAGAGGUGUUCAUCGGAGUAUUUCUGCUAGUAAUGCUAAACCUAGUAGACGUGCAUCUGCUGGUGUAGAAACUCUUCGUGGUGUACCAAGCCCAGGUAAUGCAACGAACCAUAAUCAUGCAUCAACUGUCACUGGUGGAACAGUGACUGCUAGUAGUGGUAGUAAUUUUAAACGACAGAACACCGUUGAUGCGGCGACUAUUAAAGAAAAUAGUGCCCGCGUUUCAUCGACACGGACAUCAGCGCCGAAAAAUAAUCCUGGACAACUUGAUACCAUGACAAUGUUUAUUCUAGGCGUCGGUACGAGUCCUGGUAGUAAAGGAAGAGUGGGCAAAAGUAAUACUAUAAAUUCAGGGGUAGGUGGUGUGCGACCGCUUACCUCUCCUGCCCCAGGCUCUGUUGGUCGACGUAGCACCAUUUCUUAUGAUCAAGCUAAAACGUCAUCUUCAUCUACAGAGAGAACUAAUGACGUACCUAGUUUUGUACACAGCUUAACCGAGGGCACUAGGCCAACGCGAGGUCAUAUCAAGUCUGCCAGCAUCAGUGCAAGUCACAGAUCUACGAGUGGUGUAGCUCCCAGUGAUCAGUUGCUACUGGAUACUCAGCCACGGAAUGCUCACAUCUCGUUACUCACAACAACUGACCCUCUUAGGCAGAGUAUGGGAGUAUCUCCGAGUAGCAGAUUGGCAACACCCACGACACCAGCAUUUCCACGAAAUGUACCAAGUCGCAGUACGUUCCAUUCUGGUCAAAAUCGGGCACAGAGAAAUCAUACUCAGGGGCAUACUCAUACACAGGAUACAAGCGCAAUAAGUCCACUGGCAAGGCCAUCUUUCUUUUCAAAAUUGUCAUCGAGGUUCUCUAAGCGCGCCAUGGACCAAACUGCACCCCCAAAGAACCCAGUAGUAAGUGGAGCUACAACUAAUGAUGAGCAAGUUAAACCACGUAGCUUACGUUUUACUUGGAGUAUGAGAACUACAAGCAGUCGAGAUCCAAAUGACAUUAUGGAGGAAAUACGUAAGGUGUUGGAUGCAAAUAAAUGUCAAUAUGAACAACGAGAACGAUUCUUAUUGCUAUGUGCGCACGGAGAUGCAGCAACAGACAGCCAAGUUCAAUGGGAAAUAGAGGUCUGCAAGUUACCUCGACUUUCGCUGAAUGGUGUACGAUUCAAGAGAAUACUCGGUACAUCAAUAGGAUUCAAGAAUAUCGCUAGUAAAAUAGCUAAUGAACUCAAGCUGUGACUGCCGGCUGCGGGUGGUUUGACCACUAACGUUAAUCCAUAACCCUUUCAUGAAUUAAAUCACUCAGUGACAAAUAAUGAGGAUUUAUUAUAUUACUAUUAUGUCUGGAAUUCAGACUCAGACUCUGAUGAAUCAGAUACACGAGAAGUAUUUGUUUAAUUUCCCUUACUCCUGUUACAAUUAACUCAAAAUGUCAUUAAAUUAAAUAAAUUUAUCGCGUAAAAAUGAUCGUCAUUGAAUAAUGUUAAUGCAAACAGUUAAUGAAAUUAAUUAUUAAUUCAAUAUGAUUUAAACAUCUAUCUCUAAUUAUAGACGAUUGUUUUUUUGUAAUGAUUCAUUUUCCUUCCAACUUUCCCGUGUGCCAAAUAUCAAGGCCGGGCUUAUCAUUUUUUUUUAUAUAUGGGAUCAAAGUAAUAUAAAUGAUUGUUAUUAUUAUUUUUAUUUUAUUAUUUUCAACUUAGAUUUGUUAAUUCAUUAUUAUGGGAAACUAGACUUAAUUCAUGGUGUUCAAACUUUUCCCACUAUCUGUUCUAAACUUCUUUAGUUAAGAACUAUCCAAUGAAUUAAUUUUAAUCAAAUACUUGAAAUAAAAAAAAAAAAAAAAGUAAAAAACAUGAUGGAUUUUUUUUUCGUAGUAAAUUUUCAUCUAUCGGACCCACAAGACAUCCUUGGGAUAAUUAUUGUACCUGUUAAUCAUCUAUUAAAUUGCAUAAAAAAUGUCUAGAGUAUCGGAAUACGAUAAAAUUAUAAAUAAUUAUAAACUAUAACAAUACAUGUAUAACAAAAGAAAACAAAAAUCUGCCACUGGUUUCAAUUUUUUAUUAAGCUUCUUAGAACAAUUAUAAAUAUAUUUACAAUGUGGCACCAAUGUUUUCAUUACUGACGUCCAUUCGCGAAAUCACAUAUGCGAGUUGUGUUUUUUUUUGUUUUUAUAAAUAAGACGAAUUGAAUUUUUUCUUUUAUUUUAUUGCACAAACUUAUAUCAUUGUCGUUUUCUGUUAAGUGAAAAUCUUAUGGAUUCAAAUUGCUGCAGGCUGAGUGAACAAAAGAAGAAAUAAACAACUGUUCGAUCAGUUCUACGUUUAAAACAUUGUAAGUUUGUUAUUAAUUAAUAAGAAAACGCUUUUUUAUUAUUAUUAACGAAUGUGAAUAAUUAGAUAAUCAAGCAUUUGUAAAUGCUUUAAUAUAAUUAUAUAAAUAUUGAGUUUUCUCAAUAAAUAAUAGUGAAAUAAUAUAAUAAUGAUAUUAAUUAUAAUACUAUACUUAAAACUAUCAACACUAAUCGUAUCUAUUGUGAAUAAUGAUGAUAAUAAUAAUAAUAAAUAUAUAUCGUUUCCUUCAAUAAUUCAAUCACAGAUUUUAAAAAGUAAAAUAUCGUAACGAUAAAAUUUGCUAUAUCCAAUUGAAAUAAACUAUUUAAAAAUAAGUAUGUUAGGUUUCAAGGAGAAUCAUUCUGUCCUUAAAUAUUUUUUUUAACGAGUAAUUGACGGUUCGAUAAACCCAAUAAAUUAAUAAUAUUAAUAAUUUUUGUGAAAAUGUUUAAACCGUGGUGAAUAAAUAUUAUUAUUUGUAUAUUGUAAGAUACUAAGUUAUAAAAGUCUCAGUGCAUCUCACUUUAAACAAAUAACAUCAGUUGUCAUCAAAUAAUUCAUAAUGGGAUGUAUUUUGUAUCCGCCUAAUAAUGAGUGGAAUAAAAAAAAAACUUGCACAAUUGAAAAAUAUCAAAUAUUUCAAUCAUUUAUUGGAAAUAUGCAUUAUCAUAUACAUUUUUUAAUAUUUCUACAUCAUAGUAACGAAUUACAAGAACUGUAUGUCGUAAGAUAUUCAUAAAUGACUGACAAAAAUCGACAACAGUUUUGAUAUGAUACAGUAAUGAUAUAAAACAUUAAAAAUAUAUGACAUCAAUCAUAUGAUAUAGUAAAUAAAAAUUAUUAUUAUAAAAUGAGGAUAAAUCAAGUGAAAUUGGCAACGAGACUAAUUAUUUUUUUUUUUUUAAUCUGUACAGUAUCAUCAUCAUUAUUUUCCAUUAUUUUAAUUUUCAUUUAAUGUAAUAUAAUAUUAUAUAAUUGUCGCAUCAUAUUUUAAUUAACUAAGCUGAUGAAUAAACUCAAAUACAUACAUUAAAUAUUGUUAUACAUUUAUAAUUUUUUUCGUUCUCAUACUCAAAAAGUUAGUCUCUAACGAAAAAAAAAUAAUGUCAUAUUUUUAAUGGGAAAAUGUUGGUUUUGUUUUAGUUUCAUCUGCAUGAUUUUUUUUUAGAUUGAUUAAAAAAUUGUAGCAGAUAUUUUCUUACUAAGUUAUAGUGAAUUAAAAAUUAUCUACAUUUAAAAUACAUGGUAAUUCGUAUUUUUAAAUGUACCUCUUCAUUUAUGUUAAAUGGCUGGACUUGAAAAAAAUUGUUUUAUUAAAAGUUAAAGAUUAACUAUUUUUAAUAAGAGAAUAAAAAAAAUUAUUUUUUUUUUACAGUGUAAUAUGUAUAAUUAUUGGCAUCUAACUAUAAAAAACCUAUUAGAAGUAAUGAUAAAUAAUUCUUCUAUAUGUUGAAAAAUAAUCUUGCAUGAUCGGUGCAAUGAUUCACAAUGCGUUUACUUGCUUAAAUAAAUGUAAAAACUCGUUAUUAAUAUUUAUAAAAAAAAAAAAAAAAAGAUACGUUUAAUAAAAUAAGAAUAUUAUCUUGGGAAUGAAAUAAAAAUACAACAAGAAUAUUAAAUUACACAUUAAAUUAUGUCGGUUGAACUGACAAAUAAUUAAAAUGAUUAACACCUACACGGCUCCUUGUAGAGAUAAUAUAAAUUAAGGUAACUAUCCGGCAGUGAAUGUGUUUGAUAAAUUCUUAAUAUAAGUAAAUUUUUGUCUUUGUAAGUAAAUGCUUAUGAUUGAAAAUUAGAAAAACGGAUUAGUACUGCUCAUGCAGUCAUCGAUUACUAAUGCAAUAUACGCGUUAUGUCAUUGGACAAAUAACAUACACACAUCAUACGUUUAUUCUUUUGUAGAUAGAUAAAAACAGCUUUGUUAAGGGUUUUCUUGGUUUUCGAUAUCUAGCCAAAUGUAGUAAAAAAGAAAAAAAUAUUUAUAAUAAAAUUGUAAAAUUAA